AUUGUAAAUGUGCUUUUGUUAACUAAUAACAGUAAACAGGUGCGGGAAGUGUUAUCAUUUAGUUGAAGGCUGUUUCUUAAGAUGCUGCGCGUUCUCGUAUUAAUGAUUGCGGUGAACCACUGCCUUGCAUUCCUUGAGCAAUAUGAAACAGAUCAACACCGUCACCGACAAGAGAUAAAUGACAUGGUCGAAUUAACCAAAGCCAAACAAAUGAUCUACAAAAUGAAGAACGGUAUCGGCGGUGUUACGGUGGUCAUACAUCGUCCAAGCGGGCACAAAUUCAUCCACCGCAACAAGUGGAUACUGACCUGCAAUGGAGAAAUUUCUCCCGUGAACGGCCAUUGCAACGGCGACGCCCUCGAGUCUCUUACUGCUUUAAAACCUCAGAGGCCAGCAGAUUUUUGUUUUGUCAAAAAUUUCGCGAGCGCCAAUCAAAAUUUGUGCCUGUCGACGCACCCCGUGAGGAUGUGGUUGGAAAACAACCGAACCAAAUGCGAGAGCGUCAGCGGAUUGUUUCCGGUUUACGUCGUUAAAAUAAACGACUACUUGAGGAUGUGCGAAAAGAUAUCCAGCGACGUCGUAUAUAUUUAUUUCAGUAACCCGCGGGAUAUCGAUCACGUGGAAAUACCGAAUGGUAACGAUUACGUGAAAUGCGACAACAAAGCCGGCCAGUCCAAAAACGAAAGCCUCAAACACGGCUUUCGGGUUAACGAACCGGGAAUAUGCGUGUUUACAGAAAACGAUAACAUGUCGCUAAAACUUUUAGACUUUUUAAAAAUGUAGAUUAACAUAGGUAAAAGAAGUGUCACCAAACCAUUGGACCACGGCACUCGAUUUUCAUUCUCCAAAUAUAUACUAAAAGUGA